CCUCAAAAGAACUGAUCUUCACUGACUUUGCACUGAAGGAACUGGCUGACUCCUUUGCUGGGAGACAGAAAGCUGGAUCAUGUGAGGCAGAAAAAGGAGAGAAGGAGGAGGAGGUGGUGUGUAGUAAACAUCAAGAGGAGCCUAGAUUGUUCUGUAAGGAUGAAGAUAGAGCUGUGUGUCCUGUCUGUGAGUUUUCUCUCCACCAGAGUCACAAGGUGGUUCCUAUAGAACAAGCAGUCAGUGAGCUGAAGGACCAGCUGAAAUGUGACUUAAAGUCUCUGCAGGACAAGAGGGACAAAUACAAACAAGUGGAGGAAACAUACAAUGAAGUGAUUCAACACUCCAAGAAGCAGCUGUUGUCCACAGAGAGGCAGAUCAGAGCAGAGUUCAACAAGCUCCAGCAGUUCCUGAAAGAGGAAGAGGAGUCCAGACUGGCAGCUGUGAGGGAGGAAGAGGAGCAGAAGAGGAAGACUCUCAGCAGAGAGAUGAAGAUGAUUGAGGAGCAGAUCUCCUCUCUGUCACACAGUAUCUGUGCUGUUGAAGAAGAGCUGCAGAAACACGAGGUGCCAUUCCUCAGCAGUUAUAAAGCCACUCAGAGCAGAGCCAGAGUCCAGUGCUCACUGUCAGAUCCACAGCUGGUCUCAGGAGCGCUGAUAGAUGUGGCCAAACACCUGGGCAACCUGUCCUUCAGAGUCUGGGAGAAGAUGAAGGACAAGGUCCACUUCAGUCCUGUCAUUCUGGACCCAAACACUGCAAACCCCUGGCUCUAUCUGUCUGAUGAUCUGACCAGUGUGAGACGUGGAGACACAGAACAGCAGCUUCCUGAUCAUCUCAAGAGAUGCACCGAGUAUGCCACUGUUCUGGGCUCUGAGGGCUUCAGCUCAGGGAAACACAGCUGGCAGGUGGAGGUGGGGGAUCAUCCUGGCUGGAAUGUGGGUUUGGCUAAAGAGUCAUUUGACAGGAAAGGAGUGAUACAUGCUUCCACAAAAGGUGGAAUCUGGUGUUUAAUUCAUCGCAGUGGAAAAUACAGUAAUGGUCUUGGUAACAAAGUCAAAGUGAAGAAGAGUCUCCAGAGGAUCAGAGUCCAGCUGGACUAUGACAGGGGGGAGGUGUCCUUCUACGACCCUGAAGACAUGACUCACAUCUACACUCACAGAGACACUUUCACUGAGAAACUCUUCCCAUAUUUGUGUGUUGGAAAAGCUGGUGAUGUCGUAACAAAUGAUUUCAGAAUUCGUCAAAGUGAGAUUUGUGUUCAUUUGAUCUGA